AUGAUUCAAGGCCCGCCGGGCACGGGAAAGUCCCAUGUUGGGGUCAAGAUUGUUCAGGUCCUUCUUGCUAUCAAAGUAAGCGCAAAUCUGGGUCCAAUUAUCGUGAUGUGUUACACCAAUCAUGCCUUGGACCAAUUCUUGAAGCAUAUUCUUGCUGUCGAUAUCCAGAAGGUCAUACGUAUUGGCAGCCGCAGUCAGGCUGCUGAGCUCGAAGGCAAGAAUCUUCGUGAUGUUAGCAGCAACAUCAGCAAGACAAGAGUAGAGUCACAGACCCUCGGCAAAACUUACAGUGAGCUGGAGGAAUGUAUGAAAAUCGCCGGAUAUUCAAUGAAACCUCUACAUCAGUCUCGAAAGGGCCCAACCUGGAAAGGAAUGCAGAACUUUUUGCGCCUUAAGUGGCCCAUGAUACACAGACAGUUGAAUCUGAUAGAUGAGGAGGGAUUCGAAACGAUCAUUGACGAUCCUCUAUUAAACUGGCUGGAAGUCAAAUUGAUGAAUUGCUCGAAAACCGAGGAUCUGAAUGAGGCUGCUGAUGAGCUCUUCGAGAACCUGACACGAAUUGCCGAGCGAAAUAUCUAUGAUCUCUUAAAGUUAGAGCGCCAAAUUCUUGUAAUGAGCUGGUUUGAGUAA